AUGGAACAAUCGUAUUAUUGGAAUGUUCAACAAGAAAAUCAUCCCAAAAAUCGUCUUUUGAAAUAUGCGAAAGGUUCGAAAAUUUCCCGUCAAACAUUGCAAACACUCCUACGAAUACGAAAAAGAUAUCAUCGAUUACCACCAAUAAUUUAUUCUUUACAAGAUCGAGGAGAAAAUGACGAAGAUAUUGUCCUAGAAUAUGAUAUCUUCGGUCAACAAUGUAAAUUGCCUUUAAAAAAUAACGAUACACUUUGGCAACCGACAUCAUUCUAUGUUUCUGAUAGCAUCUAUCAACAAAUCAAGAAUGAUCUCUUUACAUCGAAAAUAGAUAACGACUCAACUUUCCUCUGCUUAUUUCCGAUCUAUGCAGAUAUGAAUCGUAAGAAACAGUCAACUAUGGGUCAACAGGAUGAAGAAAUCUUCCUUCCGUCGACGAUUCCAAGUACACAAGAAGAAGCGCUGGAAAUCGGUGUAUGUCCUAAGCGUCGACGAAUUUACAACGAUCUAUUCGAUGAAUUGAUACGCACAAUCACACUGCAAUGUUCGGAACGUGGCCUUCUACUAUCACGUAUCAAAAACGAAUUCCUGCAAUGGAUGAAUACUUAUGAAGAAGUCUAUUCCAGCGGUAUGGCGUACGGUCUACGACAAUGUCUAUGUAAAACAGAAGAAAAACAAAACUAUGGAUAUGCAAUUAAAGAAUUGGAAAGUGAUUGUCGACAGUUACAAGAUGAACUCGAAAUCGAAUCGGUUCGGUUUGAAAAAUUGAGUCAAGCGUUAGUCAAUGAUAAUGAACACGAACAAAGCGCUGAACAACGUUUAUUAAAAAAGAAUGUCAGCAUAUUACGUUCAACCAACGAAAUCCUACAACGUGAACUUCAAAACGCUUUAACCAACAUCUUAUCAUCAACAAUAUUCCUAGGUGAACCAAUCAAUUACGAAAAAGAGGAGUGA